AGGUACCUAGGUACCCAAAGGAUCAACAGGCUCCCACUGGCUACCUUCAUCUCCAAGUGCCUGCGUUGGCUGCGUGUCUUGUGUGGUGCUUGGCUGCGCGGCGCCUGCUUCACGUAAUAAGGGACCCCGACGCUGUACCAACCGACAAGAAGCUGCUGAAUUGUCCUCCUCGUAUUAUAUUCCAUCCCAUCUGCGCACUGCGUCCAGCCGCGCCCAUAUUCCAGCUCAUCACUUCCAUCUUCACCUCAUAUCUCAUCCCCCGUAUAUUCUUUCGACUUACGCCAUCAUCGACCGUCGUCUCUCGCUCCCACCUCCCCGCUCUCGACCUCGACUCUGCCAACCCUCUGACCCGCCCUUGUCAUCACGCUGUUCGGCCCCCAACACCACACCGACGUCCACUACCCACAAGCCCAUUGAUCGUACGACAAAGAACCACAACAACGAAUCCUGCAUUGUUCUGCAUGUAACAUCCUCUGGCGCCUCAUGGGCCUCAUACUGUCCCUCAGAAACAGGCCGCCGCAGUUCUCCAAUCCCACCACUCCUCGCCGAGGCCGCAGUCACAGGACAAUCUCACUUCCGCCUCGUGGUAAUGGUCUCAACAUAGGCUCGAGCUCAACGAGAAGAUGAGCGCUUUUGUGCGAGUAUCUGGCCGCCCAAACACAAACUUUCUGGUCGGAUACCCGGGGAUCUCUGCUACGCUGCCUCGCAUCGAAGGCACUGUCGAAAUACGGCCCGGCGUCGGCAUCUCAAGUCCCGUCAACGUCUCCAUCGUCACGAUCUGCCUGCAGAGAAGAGAAAGCAUCCAUCCCCAUGCCGAUUCGGUCACCAAGAAACACCUGGCCGCGCCCAGGAAGGAGUCGACGGAGACGGUGGGGAAAGAGAUGCUCUUGUUCCGAUGUCCAGCCAACAGGGAAUACGAAGAGAUCAUGUACAUGGACUUGCCCUUUGUAAUAUUCAUCCCCUUUGGACGAGGAGGCCAAGAGACUGCCCGACGGGUGCCCCCAGCGAGUCUACAGUUACCCCGGCGGACGGCCGAGACAUACUACGAGAUGGUGGUGACGGUGGGCUACGGAGGAACUGAUCGCAAAACCUAUGCUUUCCCCGUCCCGAUUGCACGGUACGACACACUCUCGACUUUUGGCAUGUACAACCGACCCGAAACGGCAGAGCGGGUUUCGGACCAUUUGGUGACCCUGGGAAUAUCCUUGCCGCGGUGGUCUUACGGACCCCUGGACCCAGUCAGCGUGUAUAUCAAGCUCUCUCCGAAUCCGGACUGGCUGAGCAAGGCGCGCAAAGUGACCAUCAAAAAGAUCGAGAUUGGGAUCGACGAAGAGGUCAUUUACAACCACGAGGGGGACGAGCCCCAGAGAAAGACCAAGAGUCUGGUCAAAAAGACGGAAACAGUGGGCGUGAAAAUGCCCGAGGCGGGAUAUUUCACCAACCUUGGUCUUGUCUUUCCUUCGAGCGAUCUCCGUGAUGCGGAUGGGAUCAUGCCUCGUGGCAGGUCGGCGUUUCCUACAUAUGCCGUGACGGGGUUUACGACGACGGCAGGUCUUUACAAGGUGGAAUACUACCUGACCAUCAAGGCAUCAAUGGCUGGCGCCAAAGAUAUCAUCCUAAAACAGCCGAUUGUCGUCUGUCCUCUGGACCACGCCGCAUGCAAAGCGGAGAUGGAAGCAAUUGAACAAGCGGCCCGAGACGCCUCCCAUGUCAAUGCGGAAAAUCCCAUGUUGCCUUUGGCCACUAUAAUACGCUCUUCAGACCCUAACGCGUUGAGCUGUUUGGGAGUGGCUCUGGUCGGCUCCGUGAAGAAGCCCUUGAUUGACUGAGCACUCCUUGUAAGAUUUCGGGGAGGAUGAUGGAAGUUGUGUUCGACCUGCAACCGAAGUGGCAACAAUGAACCUUUGAACUUUCGAUACGUGGCCCUGCAGAAGGGUUGGCAUUAUUUCAAGCCACAUUGGUCUGCUCCACAAUGAAGCAACAGUCGAUAACGCAACGCCCGAUUUCGGACGGAGAUACGACCUAAGCGAUUGACGGAUUAUCGCGCUCAAAAGCCUGGAUAUCACGAGGAACGAAGCCGCAGGAAUAUCUCUAUCCCUCGGUCAAGACCGGCGGAGCUAGGAUCGCAAACAGCGCGAGAACGAAUGCAUCUGGACCAGGCGAGCAAAUUGCUCCGCCUUCCAACUUGAGUCAUCAACGACGCUGAACUUUUGAGAGGUAAAAUACGGCCCGGCGAACAUUACGGCGGACCUCAUUGCACAAGCGGGGAAGUUGGAUUUGGUGCAGCUCGUGGUUUUUUUGACAUGCAAGGCGUUGGUUUUGGACGGGACUAUUGGCAAGAGGAAAGGCCACGGCAAUGUGACGGCUUGGACUAGGGAUAGCCAGAGGCGCUAAUGAAAGAUCUACUUGUAUUGACAGAGUUGCACGGAGCCACAUUGGGCUCGGAUUUGAAUUUCAUGGACAAUUGACCAUUCGAGCACUGCCCCCGCCGAGUUUUACGGGACAUGUUAGCGAGAGAAUGUCCACAGGCGCAGAUACCGCGGCCCAAGCCUCUGUAGGAGUAGGUACUCGCUUCUCAUUGCAGCAUGCGUCGCGAGGAGGGAGAAUUUUCGCUCAAUACUGGCUAGACACAGCGGAUGAGACCUCCCUAAU